UGGUGGGGUUUAGGCUUUCUGUGUAGCAAUGUAGUCCUUGUCUCCGUCCCUCUCUUCCUCGUAAACUACUAAUUGACUAUGCAGCGUGGGUUGCUGACAGAUACCAGGACUAAUGAAAGAGACCGCAACGGGAAAUGCGCUGUUUAAAAUAAUCAUGGAGAAUGAAUUGUUAAACCAUCCUCAUAAUAAUAACAUGGUAAAUGGACAUCAGGAUGCUCCCUAUGAUGCUCUUAGCAUGAAGAAUGAUGCAGAAAUGCUGGAACAGAUAAAACAGCUUCUAAUGGAAAAUAAUAAUCUAAAAGAAACCAUGAAGCAAAUGAAUCAGGAGAUGAAAGAACGCCUUGAAGAGCUCUUAAAGAGACAUAAUCAGCAUUUGUUAGACUUGAACAGUGCAAACGAGGUGUUGAGGAAGGAAUUGCAAAGUUUAAAAGAAAAGAUUGCCACAUCUAACCAAGGUUCGGCAGUUUGCUCUACUUCUGAGGAAGCAAGUGAAAACAAACAGCUGAAGAAUCAGUUAACGCGUUUACAGGCGGAGAAAGCCGACCUACUUGGUCUAAUAUCAGAAUUGCAGCUGAAACUCGGCAGUUUUUCUGAAGACUCAUUUGUGGAAAUCGGAUUUUCUGAAAGGGAAUCUGGUGAAAUAGUGAAUGAAGAAAAGGCAAAUAAAAUAUUGUCUGACCAUAAUAUUUCAUAUAGGACAAAUUCUAUCAAGGAAGAAGGGGGUGGCACUGAACCAGAAGAGGUGGCAAUCAGCAGGCUUCUUCGCAGUCUAAGAGAGGAAACUCAAAAAGUGGAGAGACUUGAGAAGGAAUUAUUUAGUGCAAAUAAAAGGUUGGCAGAACUAGAAAAACAAACCUCUGAAUUCUGUGACAAGGGCGUGCAAACAGAGCAAGAAUCUGAACAGAGUCAAUCUGAAGUGAUUAUUUCUAGUGAAGUAGAUAUACUAAAGGAGAAAGUGAAGUCACUAAAUAAAGAACUCCAGGAAACCAAUGAUAAAUUAAAUGAGGCCAAACAGUUCAAGAACAGUCUUCAAGAAAAGUGCAUUUUGCUAGAUAAGAGACUUCAAGAAAACCAGGUUGAUUUGGAGGAAAAGCAAAGUCUUAGAUAUUCUAUAAAGAAAUUAGAACUCCAAGUGGAAAGUCAAGAGUCUGAAAUCAAACUAGAACAAAACAAAACAGAGGCUGAAAAAAAUCAACUAGGCAUCUUGCAGGUUUCAUAUGAUAAACUUAACUCAGAAUAUCAAGAACUAAGGAUUAGAGAGAUUGAAAAAGUUUCCAAAGUUGAGUUUAAUGAGCUGCUUGAAAAGCUGGAUGUAUGUGAAAAGGCACUUGCAAAAAAACAAUUUGAAAUUGAUGAAAUGAGAGAAAUGGACACAAAACACGAGGAGGAUAAAGAAACAAUUGAACUUCUUCGUGCUCAGGUUGACGUGUACUGUGCAGAUUUCCAUGCUGAAAGAUCAGCAAGAGAAAACAUUCAUCAAGAGAAGGAGCAGUUAGCAACUCGUCUGGCAUAUAUGAUACAAGAAUAUGAAAAACUGAAGGAAGAAAUGAUGGGCAAGCAGUCAAUAGAGCAGCUCCAGAGGCGCCAUGGUGCCACAAGCUUAUUGGAUGCCAGUGAGGGUCCUUAUUUAGUGGCAAGAGGGGCAGCCAACAUGGAGCAGCCAAGUAUUACUGUGUAUACAUGUCCAAAAUGUAACCUGACUGUUCCAGACAUGGAUACGCUGCAGAUUCACGUCAUGGACUGUAUCACCUAAGACCAAAGUCUCCAUUUGGGCCACUGAAUUCCUUCCUUUUAGAAGUGGGAUAUAUAUUUUAUUACAAAGCACUUUACCAAACACAGAUUUGUACUUAAAGCUUUGAUUUUUGCUUUCAACAUCGAGGUCCUAAAGAUAGUUCUCUCUAAUAUGAUUUGUACUCUGCAGAUUUCCUAUUACACAAUAGCAAACAUGGAAAAUACUCAAACACCUACUGUUAAAUAACCUGGAAUGUCAUUUGGAUCCUUAUACUGAACCAGUGCUCUUACUUUAACUUUUUACUGUUAAGUUUAAUAAAUGCAAUAAAUGCAUUUUCUUUACUGACCUCUGUGCAUAGGUGUUUAUGAAUAGAGGGACUUCUUAGUUUUCCCAAAAUACAACUAAAUGAAAGAACAGUGACCUUAAAAGGAAGACUAUUAUACUAAAGAAGUAGUUCUUAACUUUAUUCAUCCAGGACUGAAAUUCUUAUCCUAGUAACCUCCCAUGCUUUUCCCAUAUGGUACAGGUACUUAACGGUACAUUGACAAUUUAAAGUUUUCUGUAAAAACCGGUUAUUAAAAUGCACUAAACUACAGUGUAUGCAUAAUAAAUAUUUCAAAUAUUUUUUUUCUUACA